AAACAUCCCACUUCAUAAACCCUAACCAUAAAAACCAAUUUCCACCCAAUUAUUCCCCUCUCCUCCCAUCGCCGCCGCAGCAGCUCUUCCCAGACUCCAACCAUGGUGGCCCCCGGAAAGAAGACGAAGAAGACUCAUGAGAGCGUUAACAACAGGCUCGCGCUUGUGAUGAAGAGUGGGAAGUACACUCUUGGCUACAAGACUGUGCUCAAGACUCUCAGGAAUUCCAAAGGAAAAUUGAUAUUGAUAUCCAAUAACUGUCCACCGUUGAGGAAGUCUGAGAUUGAGUACUAUGCAAUGCUUGCUAAAAUUGGUGUUCAUCAUUACAGUGGGAACAAUGUUGAUCUUGGGACGGCAUGUGGAAAGUACUUCCGUGUCUCAUGCCUCAGCAUAGUUGACCCAGGUGACUCGGACAUCAUCAAAAAUUUGUCCGGAGAUCAUUGAGUCAUUGGAACCGUAGUCUUUUCUCUUGUUUGCUUGGGAUCCUUCGAUUUUUGAAAUUUUGCAACGGAUUAGAAAAUCGUGGUUACUCAUACCUAGUUUUGUUGAGUUUUUACAUGUCUGGUAAUCUUGAUUGCUGAAUGUGACUAUUUAAGUUUUUCGAUUUGUUGAA